CCUAAAAAUGCGCUGAAUCAAUCUUUCUUCUUCAAGAUCUCGAGCUUUUCAUCCAUGGCGAAAGUCAUCAAUCCUUCUUCGCGCUACAGUUCGUACGAUGUGCGGUCUUCCAAUUCCUCGCAUUUCUCCGAUCCUUCUUCUUCCUCUGAGUUCAAGCUCAAGUCUCCUAUGAAGGCGGAUUCGUCGUCUUCGCGCACUAUUGUUAAGAGCAAGGCGGUUGAUCUGGCUAGGGCUAAGACGAAGCCGUUGGAUCAGAAUUUGACGGCGAUGGUGAAGAAAUUCAUGGAGAAGCGAUCUGGUUUGAAGCCGAAGACGGUGAAGCAUGCGACUGGGUUGGUGAUUCCGUCGGAUUUGAUUGCGGAGGAUCUGAAGAAGACGGCGAGGAAGGGAACGAACUUCGGUGGGCUGCAUAAGAAGCUGUUUGGGAAGGGAAUGGUGGAGAAGAAGGAGAAGGAGGUGAAGGCGUUGACUGAGGUGAAAGGGAAUACAAGGACAUUGGCGAUGGUGCUGAGGAGUGAAAGAGAGCUUUUGAGUUUGAAUAAGGAACAAGAACUGGAGAUCACCGAGCUCAAAUUAGUCCUAGAGGAGAAGUAUGGAGAGAUUGAGAAGUUGAAAGAUUUAUGUUUGAAGCAAAGAGAAGAAAUAAAGUCACUGAAGAAUGCAAUAUUGUUCCCAGAUGUUAUGAACUCUCAGCUUCAAGGCAUCCUAGAAAAGCAGGACUCAGAGUUGAAGCAAGCCAAACAAAUCAUCCCCACUCUACAAAAGCAGGUCACUACUCUCACUGGCCAGCUUUAUUCCCUUGCAGAGGACCUUGCCGAGGUGAAGGCGGAUAAGUAUUCAGGAAAGGGCUGGUUACAAGGUAGCAGUUCCCCUCACACACCAACAUAUGAUCACGAGGAUGCUUCUAACCCUUUAGAGUUCAGUGCCUGUGAUCCAACGUCCCCUAGCCGUCCAGAUGACUAUUUGCUGAAGGAUGUGAAUCCCUGUCUAACACCCUAUUAUGCAACUAAAUCCAAGGACUUUGAGGCAAUGGGAUAUGAUUCUCCGCGAGAUGAAAUUUUAUCCCAUAACAGAAUGGAAUCUGAUUUUACAUCAUGUUCCAGGAAAUUGUCCAAAAGUUCUGAUUGCAGACAGAAUUCCAACAAAGCAAAGACUACAAAAACAGCUCGAAGAUCCGACGAGGCCAAGUACACGUAUGGAAAGCCUAUGCAUAAAUUUUACUGAACCUCAUUUUUUUUCCAGUUGUAGUUCACAUUCUUCAUCCUUCUACAUAAUUUUUUUGCCAUCGCCUACUAUCACUGUAUGAACCAAUAGAGCUUUAGGGGGAGUAAUACCAUUGUGUACAUGCUACAUUUGAAAAGCUCAUCAAUAAUCGUAAAUGGUUCUCGUUCUUUGAGAAUGUUACUA